AUGGGAGAGGAAGAUAAGAAGAAACCAGAGGAGAAAAUGGAGAAGAAAAAAACUGAGGAGCCACAAGUGACAUCAGAGGAUAAGAAAGAAGAAGAGAAGGAGAAAAAGAAAGAGCCUCAAGAGAUUGUUCUUAAGAUCUUUAUGCAUUGUGAGGGUUGUGCUAAAAAAAUCCAUAGAUGUCUUAAAGGUUUUGAAGGAGUGGAGGAUGUAACAACUGAUUGUAAAACUAGUAAAGUUGUGGUGAAAGGAGAGAAGGCAGAUCCAUUAAAAGUGUUGCACAGAUUGCAAAGAAAGAGUCACCGUCAAGUGGAGCUUCUUUCGCCGAUUCCAGAGCCUAAACCGGUUUCUGAUGAACCAGAGAAGAAAGAAAAGGAGAAGGCAAAACCUAAACCCAAAAAAGAAGAGGUAUUGACAGUGGUGCUGAGAGUUCACAUGCAUUGUGAAGCAUGUGCAAUGGAGAUCCAAAAGCGAAUCAUGAGAAUGAAAGGAGUGGAGUCUGUGGAACCAGAUUUUAAAGCAUCACAAGUGAGCGUGAAAGGAGUUUUUACACCGGAAAAGCUAGUUGAGUACGUUUACAAGAAAAUCGGGAAGCACGCCGCAGUUGUUAAGCAAGAUCCGCCGCCAAAACUGCCGGAGAAAGAAAAGGAAACGAAAGACAAAGACGAGAAGAAAAAAGAAGAGGAACAACCGAAAGAAGGAAAAGAGGCCAAGGAAGACGGUGGUGGAGGAGCGGCCAAACCAAUGGCCGGAGGAGGCGAUGCUGCCGCUGAGGAAGGGAUCAAAUCGGUGGACUUGAAGAAGAACGAAUAUCAAUACCAGCCACCGAGGUAUCCCGUGGAGAUGUUUACUUAUCCACCACAAAUAUUCAGUGACGAAAACCCCAACGCUUGUACCAUUAUGUAAUAAAACUGUCGGUUUAAGAGGUUGUAGGAUUUUUUUUUGUACUCUAUUUAUAUGCCUUAUUUUUAUUGUAAUAGUACUAUUUGUGGAAUUGUUUUGCUUCAAGCUAAUUCGAUGAUCGUAGUUUCUAA